AUGGUACGUGGUAAGACGAAAGGUGUCGAUGGUAACUUUCUAGAAGAAACAAGAGGCAAUGCCAAUAUACAGAAUGGAACGGCUAAAUUUCGUUUUGAAUCGACAAAUUCAAGUGCAUCCAUGGACUUUUGGAUUAUAAUCACUGAUUAUAACAAUCUAGCGGUUGGUUAUGCGUGUGAAAAUUUGAAUACUACGCAUAGAAGCGUUUUGCUAUGGCAGCUCGGAAGAACUACCUCAUUUCCAACGGACAUGAUGGAAGGUCUCUUGAACCGAACAGUCUAUACAUAUUUCGGCGUCACAUCAAAUGAUCUAAUAUCAGUAGACCAUUCGGCAACAGCUUGCGAAAUCCUACCAGUGAUACCAGAUGGGCAGCCCGUUAUUUUACCUGGUCAAUGCGACCCUAAUAAACAUGUUGUACAAAAUUUCAAUGUGACAGGGUUCAUGGGCGUAUGGCAUCAGAUAUCGACUUAUUUUUCCACCAACGGACAGGGCACCUGUAAUCGUGCGCAAUAUACACUCUCGGGAAAUGUUGUCAAUGUUUUGAACAGCCAAGUAGUGAACCUGACUCUCGAUACAAUCUCAGGAACCGCAAUAGUAGCAAGUAACGAUGGAAGUGCUAGACUUCUAGUCACAUUGGAGGUGACUCCAGGAAAUAUGGUACAACAGCCUCUAUGGAUUUUAGCAACUGAUUACACCGAUUACGCAGUGGCGUAUACCUGCGCAGACUUGGCUGGCAAUCAGAGAAGAGUAAAUGCCUGGAUCGCGAGUCGUUCUCGACAGCUCACUCCUGCAGCACAAAUCGCAGUCAAUGAAGUGAUAAGAUCUGAAUUAGAUUUGAACAAUCGUUACUUAAUUCCAUCAAAUCAAACCGACGCUGGAUGUUUCUUCUACCCAACCCCAGUUCCUAACCAACCAGUGACGUUCAGGGGACAAUGUGACCCGAAUACAGCAGUUGUCCAAAAUUUUAAUGUCUCUGGGUAUUUGGGCAUCUGGCAUAGCAUUGAAUCCUAUCCCUCUGUUUUUGCUCCCGGUACCUGCAACAAUGCCCAUUAUACGCUCGGAAAUAAUGUAGUUGACGUGUUCAAUACUCAAGUUAUCAACCAAACACUGGAUACCAUGACAGGAACAGCUGUCGUUAAUUCUACUGAUGGCAGCGCCAAGCUACUGGUUUCUUUCCCUGUGGGUAAUACAAAUGUAACUGUUUCCACCAAUUAUUGGGUGCUUGCAACUGACUAUAGUUCCUUCGCCCUGGUAUACUCUUGCAUCAACAUUAACGAUGACGAAAGACAAGUGUUCAGCUGGAAACUCAGUAGAACUAAACAACUGCCAAUUAACGGUACGACCGUUAUUAACGAAAUUAUUAGUACCAUACCAGUACUCGACCAGCGAUACUAUCAGGUGGAUGAUCAAACUCCUGCAGGCUGCUUCUAUUAUCCAGAACCAAAACAAGGAGUUCCUGUAAGGUUCCCAGGGCAAUGCGAGGAUAUCCCCGUUACUCCAAACUUUGAUAUGACUAGGUUCCAAGGCACAUGGUAUGAAAUCCAAGCGUAUCCAAAGGAACAGCAAGCCGGACAAUGUGUCUCGCAUAAUUUCCAGUUGUUUAAUAACGCCUUCAAUCUUACAUCCUUCAGUGUCAUAGAUCAGUUUUCAUCUGUUUCUAACGGUACUGCAACGAUAACUUCGACGGAUAACAGCGCGAAAAUGUUAAUUUCAAUAACAUCUAAUGGACAACAAAUAGAAAUACCUUACUGGAUUUUGGAUACUGAUUACACUAAUUAUGCAUUGGCGUACAGCUGCGUGAAUGUGGAUACAGAUUUUAGGAUGGUAUACAGCUGGAAAUUAAGCAAAACAAAGGAACUUUCAACUGAGCAGCUAGCUCUUAUUAAUAAUACGAUCUCAAGAGUCACAGUUCUAGAAGAAAGAUACUUUGAAAAGAUUGAUCAGUCGGCAGACGCCUGUGCAACUCUGCCUGUAAUUUCUCUUGGACAACCUAUCAUACUGGAUGGUCAAUGCGAUCCGAAUAUACAAGCCGUCCAAAACUUUAAUUUGAGUAGUUAUCUUGGUCGGUGGCGAUUAAUUGAAAGCUAUUAUCAAGAGAGCCAGGAUGGCUCUUGUAACGAAGCCACAUAUACCCUGAAUGCAGACAACUCUACAGUAAGCGUUUACAAUACCCAAGUGCUUGACCAACAACUAAGUACUAUAACUGGCAGCGCUAGAGCUGCCUCUGACGAUGGCAGUGGAAAACUACUUGUGACUUUCCCUGGAACACCUGCAGAAGCUGAUUAUUGGGUCCUCGAUACAGAUUACAAUUCUUUCGCAUUGGUCUACUCCUGCAGAAAUCUAACAGGAAACCAGAGAAGAAUAUACUCAUGGAAGCUAAGUCGUACAAGAGAACUAUCAGCAGAUGCUAAUACUCGAAUCAACAGCGUCAUGAACUCUGUCAAUGUCCUGAAUCAGCGUUACUUCGCAAGAAUAGAACACUCGGACAGUACCUGUUUCUACUAUCCCGAAGCAGAUGGCAAUCCCGUGAUGUUCAGAGGACAAUGCAAUGAGAGCAUUCCAGUUGUGGAUAACUUCAAUCCUCAAGCUUACAUGAACACCUGGUACGACAUAGAGAGCUACCCCGUUGCUUUCCAAAACGGCACAUGCCCAACUGCUACCUACACUCUUGGUGCUAACGUGGACGUCUUCAACACUCAAGUGGUCAAUCAACAGCUCGACACUAUCAAUGGCGUCGCGGUAUUAACAGGCCCCGCUAAUAUCGCUAAACUUAAUGUGACUUUCCCUAUCGCUGGAACUAAUCUAACAGCAUAUUCACCUUACUGGGUGCUUGGUACUGAUUACACAAAUUUUGCAUUGGUGUACUCAUGCGUCAAUAUCAACGAUGAAUAUUUUAGAGUCUCUUCCUGGAAGCUGAGCAGAACGAAACAGUUGAAUGCAGCUGCGACGACAGCUAUCAACAACUUGAUGAGCACUGUACAAGUCCUAGAUAACAGAUACUACAUCAACAGAAAUCACACUGAUCCAGGCUGCUUCUACUUCCCCGUGCCGCAGCCAGGAACACCGGUUGUGUUCCCUGGUCAGUGUGACCAGACUAUACAGGCUGUGCCCAAUUUCAACAUGAAUGCGUUCCAAGGGACUUGGUAUGAAAUAGAAGCUUAUCCAAAAGAUGAACAAACCGGUCAGUGCGUCAGCCACCAAUACUCCCUCAACGGCACAAACAUCCUGGACCUCAUCUCUUCCAGUAUCACCAACCAGCUUCGUGACAUCACCAACAGUACAGUCACCUUAGCCUCGGCUCAAGACUCCAGUGGAAAACUAAACAUUAUCCUCACGUCUGGAGGAUCAUAUAUCACAAUCCCCUUCUGGAUCUUAAGCACCGACUACAAUGACUACGCUCUCGCCUACAGCUGCGUCAAUCGCGACCAGAACUCUCGUGCGGUAUACAGCUGGAAGUUGAGCAAAUCAAAGACACUAUCGGCAUCUGGAAACAAUACGAUCAAUAAUAAGAUAUCAGAAAUUGACGUUCUGGAUAAUAAAUAUUACGAAAAAAUUGACCAAUCUGACGCUGGCUGCUUCUAUCUACCAGAAACGAACCCUGGAGAGCCCGUCCUUUUUGAUGGACAGUGUGAUCCGAAUAUACCAGUUGUGCAGAACUUUAACGCCACAGCGUAUGCUGGUCGCUGGCGCAUGAUUGAGAGCUACGCAUCAGAAUUCCAAAACUCAGCUGCCACUUGCUCUGAAGCUACGUACACUCUCUCUGGCGGUAUCGUCGAUGUCUACAAUACCCAAGUCAUCAACCAGAGACUCGACGUUAUCAAUGGGAAUGCCACUCUUGCCACUACUGAUGGAAGUGCUAAAUUGAUUGUAAACUUCCCGAACGCUCCUGUACCCUCUGACUACUGGGUGCUCAGCACAGACUACAAUUCCUACGCUCUGGUGUAUAGUUGCCGCAACGUUACUGCCACACAACGUCGAGUAUACUCAUGGAAGCUAAGUCGUACAAGGGAACUAUCAGCAAAUGCUACCACUGAAAUCAACCGCGUCAUGAACUCUGUUAAUGUCCUGAAUCAGCGUUACUACGCAAGAAUAGAACACUCGGACAGUGCCUGCUUCUACUAUCCCGAAGCCGAUGGCAAUCCCGUGACGUUCAGAGGACAAUGCAAUGAGAGCAUUCCAGUUGUGGAUAACUUCAAUCCUCAAGCUUACAUGAACACCUGGUACGACAUAGAGAGCUACCCCGUUGCUUUCCAAAACGGCACAUGCCCAACUGCUACCUACACUCUUGGUGCUAACGUGGACGUCUUCAACACUCAAGUGGUCAAUCAACAGCUCGACACUAUCAAUGGCGUCGCGGUAUUAACAGGACCCGCUAAUAUCGCUAAACUUAAUGUAGCUUUCCCUAUCGCUGGAACUAAUCUAACAGCAUAUUCACCUUACUGGGUGCUUGGUACUGAUUACACAAAUUUUGCAUUGGUGUACUCAUGCGUCAAUAUCAACGAAGAAUAUUUUAGAGUCUCUUCCUGGAAGCUGAGCAGAACGAAACAGUUGACUGCAGCUGCGACGACAGCUAUCAACAACUUGAUGAGCACUGUACAAGUUCUGGAUAACAGAUACUACAUCAAUAGAAAUCACACUGAUCCAGGCUGCUUCUACUUCCCCGUGCCGCAGCCAGGAACACCGGUUGUGUUCCCUGGUCAGUGCGACCAGACUAUACAGGCUGUACCUAAUUUCAACAUGAAUGCGUUCCAAGGGACUUGGUAUGAAAUAGAAGCCUAUCCAAAAGAUGAACAAACCGGUCAGUGCGUCAGCCACCAAUACUCCCUCAACGGCACAAACAUCCUGGACCUCAUCUCUUCCAGUAUCACCAACCAGCUUCGUGACAUCACCAACAGUACAGUCACCUUAGCCUCGGCUCAAGACUCCAGUGGAAAACUAAACAUUAUCCUCACGUCUGGAGGAUCAUAUAUCACAAUCCCCUUCUGGAUCUUAAGCACCGACUACAAUGACUACGCUCUCGCCUACAGCUGCGUCAAUCGCGACCAGAACUCUCGUGCAGUAUACAGCUGGAAGUUGAGCAAAUCAAAGACACUAUCGGCAUCUGGAAACAAUACGAUCAAUAAUAAGAUAGCAGAAAUUGAUGUUCUGGAUAAUAAAUAUUACGAAAAAAUUGACCAAUCUGACGCUGGCUGCUUCUAUCUACCAGAAACGAACCCUGGAGAGCCCGUCCUUUUUGAUGGACAAUGUGAUCCGAAUAUACCAGUCGUGCAAAACUUUAACGCCACAGCGUACGCUGGUCGUUGGCGCAUGAUUGAGAGCUACACAUCAGAAUUCCAAAACUCAGCUGCCACUUGCUCUGAAGCUACGUACACUCUCUCUGGCGGUAUCGUCGAUGUCUACAAUACCCAAGUCAUCAACCAGAGACUCGACGUUAUCAAUGGGAAUGCCACCCUUGCCACUACUGAUGGAAGUGCUAAAUUGAUUGUAAACUUCCCGAACGCUCCUGUACCCUCUGACUACUGGGUGCUGAGCACAGACUACAAUUCCUACGCUCUGGUGUAUAGUUGCCGCAACGUUACUGCCACACAACGUCGAGUAUACUCAUGGAAGCUAAGUCGUACAAGGGAACUAUCAGCAAAUGCUACCACUGAAAUCAACCGCGUCAUGAACUCUGUUAAUGUCCUGAAUCAGCGUUACUACGCAAGAAUAGAACACUCGGACAGUGCCUGCUUCUACUAUCCCGAAGCAGAUGGCAAUCCCGUGACGUUCAGAGGACAAUGCAAUGAGAGCAUUCCAGUUGUGGAUAACUUCAAUCCUCAAGCUUACAUGAACACCUGGUACGACGUAGAGAGCUACCCCGUUGUUUUCCAAAACGGCACUUGCCCAACUGCUACCUACACACUUGGCGCUAACGUCGACGUCUUCAACACUCAAGUGGUCAAUCAACAGCUCGACACUAUCAAUGGCGUCGCGGUAUUAACAGGGCCCGCUAAUAUCGCUAAACUUAAUGUGACUUUCCCUAUCGCUGGAACUAAUCUAACAGCAUAUUCACCUUACUGGGUGCUUGGUACUGAUUACACCAAUUUUGCAUUGGUGUACUCAUGCGUCAAUAUCAACGAAGAAUAUUUUAGAGUCUCUUCCUGGAAGCUGAGCAGAACGAAACAGUUGAAUGCAGCUGCGACGACAGCUAUCAACAACUUGAUGAGCACUGUACAAGUUCUGGAUAACAGGUACUACAUCAACAGAAAUCACACUGAUCCAGGCUGCUUCUACUUCCCCGUGCCGCAGCCAGGAACACCGGUUGUGUUCCCUGGUCAGUGCGACCAGACUAUACAGGCUGUGCCUAAUUUCAACAUGAAUGCGUUCCAAGGGACUUGGUAUGAAAUAGAAGCCUAUCCAAAAGAUGAACAAACCGGUCAGUGCGUCAGCCACCAAUACUCCCUCAACGGCACAAACAUCCUGGACCUCAUCUCUUCCAGUAUCACCAACCAGCUUCGUGACAUCACCAACAGUACAGUCACCUUAGCCUCGGCUCAAGACUCCAGUGGAAAACUAAACAUUAUCCUCACGUCUGGAGGAUCAUAUAUCACAAUCCCCUUCUGGAUCUUAAGCACCGACUACAACGACUACGCACUCGCCUACAGCUGCGUCAAUCGCGACCAGAACUCUCGUGCAGUAUACAGCUGGAAGUUGAGCAAAUCAAAGACACUAUCGGCAUCUGGAAACAUUACGAUCAAUAAUAAGAUAGCAGAAAUUGACGUUCUGGAUAAUAAAUAUUACGAAAAAAUUGACCAAUCUGACGCGGGCUGCUUCUAUCUACCAGAAACGAACCCUGGAGAGCCCGUCCUUUUUGAUGGACAAUGUGAUCCGAAUAUACCAGUCGUGCAAAACUUUAACGCCACAGCGUACGCUGGUCGCUGGCGCAUGAUUGAGAGCUACGCAUCAGAAUUCCAAAACUCAGCUGCCACUUGCUCUGAAGCUACGUACACUCUCUCUGGCGGUAUCGUCGACGUCUACAAUACCCAAGUCAUCAACCAGAGACUCGACGUUAUCAAUGGGAAUGCCACCCUUGCCACAACUGAUGGAAGUGCUAAAUUGAUUGUAAACUUCCCUAACGCUCCUGUACCCUCUGACUACUGGGUGCUCAGCACAGACUACAAUUCCUACGCUCUGGUGUAUAGUUGCCGCAACGUUACUGCCACACAACGUCGAGUAUACUCAUGGAAGCUAAGUCGUACAAGGGAACUAUCAGCAAAUGCUACCACUGAAAUCAACCGCGUCAUGAACUCUGUUAAUGUCCUGAAUCAGCGUUACUACGCAAGAAUAGAACACUCGGACAGUGCCUGCUUCUACUAUCCCGAAGCAGAUGGCAAUCCCGUGACGUUCAGAGGACAAUGCAAUGAGAGCAUUCCAGUUGUGGAUAACUUCAAUCCUCGAGCUUACAUGAAUACCUGGUAUGACAUAGAGAGCUACCCUGAGCGUUUCCAAGACGGCACAUGCCCAACUGCCACCUACACUCUUGGUGCUAACGUCGACGUCUUCAACACUCAAGUGGUCAAUCAACAGCUCGACACUAUGAAUGGCUUCGCGGUAUUAACAGGGCCCGCUAAUAUCGCUAAACUUAAUGUGACCUUCCCUAUCGCUGGAACUAAUCUAACAACAUCCUCGCCAUACUGGGUGCUUGCCACUGACUACUCAAACUACGCCUUAGUGUACUCAUGUGUCAAUAUGAACGAAGAAUACUUUAGAAUCAGUAGCUGGAAAUUAAGUAGGCAGAAGAGCCUAGCACCGGCGUCAGUAGCUGCUAUAAACACUACCAUGAACUCUAUCCCGGUACUUCGGCAACAGUACUUCGUAGCAAGAGGACAUACUGAAGAGAAUUGCUUCUAUUACCCGAAUAACAAUGGUGGACCUGUAGUACUAGAGGGACAGUGUGAAAGUAACGUGGCUAUUGUCAACAACUUCAAUCCUAAUGCGUUCGCAGGAUCUUGGUACGAAAUAUACCGUUUUCCCUCCGAAUUACAAGACGGGGAGUGCGUGUCCUCUCAAUUCAACUUUACUAACCAAGAGUUCCUUGUGAAUAAGAAUUAUGUGGCCAGAGAAAGAAUGAUAUCUUUGGACGGUCGCGCUUCCUUCGCUACGGACGGACGAGGCAUCAUUAAUGUUACUCUUAGCGGACAAGAAGCAAAUUUCCAAAUCUUCUACGUCAUGGAUGUGAACUACACUGACUACGCUUUGUUAUACAACUGUAGAAGCAUCAACAAUACUCAUAAACAAGUAUACAGUUGGAAGCUAAGCAGAUCGCAACAAGGACUCUCAGCAGAAGCUGAAAGGAACAUAGGUGAAAUCGUCAACAGGACACGAGAUCUCUUCCAAGGAUACUACGAAAUAACUGAUCAAACCACACGCGGAUGCUUCCACUACCCAGAGUUCGCUCAACUGCCAUAUGAGAUCGAACUUAUUGGUAGUUGCGAUCCAACUAUCAGAGCUAAAGCUAAUUUCAAUGUUCAGGAUUACCUUGGCAAAUGGUACGAGAUCGAAAGCUACCCGCAACCGUUCCAAUUUGGCCAGUGCGCACGCGCUCAGUACAGCCUCACUGGCGAUUUCGUCACCGUCCUCAACUCGCAAGUAGUCAACAACACGCUCGCCGUGCAAAACGCUACGGCUGUAGUCGCGUCUGAUGACGGCAGCGGACUUUUAAAUGUUACCUUCGUGUUACCCAAUAAUGUAACAAACACAGUCAAUUACUACGUGCUUGAGACUGAUUACACGAGCUUUGCACUGGUAUACAGCUGUCGGAACCUCACUAAUGGUAACAGAACAGUAAGCAGCUGGAAGCUAUCCCGUUUCACCACACUUUCUCCACUAGCAAUCCCAAUCAUCAACUCCAUUGUGGAUAAUACUGAAGGCCUCCAUCAACCGUACUAUAGGUCUACGGACCAAAGUGAUGCCGCUUGCUUCUAUAUACCAGACGUCAAUAAAAAUCAAGCUCCAGAAUUCAGGGGGCAGUGUGAAAAUAUUCAGGGUCUCCAAGGAUUUGAGGCUCACAAGUUCCUUGGUUGGUGGCAUGAAAUAGAAAGCUAUCCGACAGACAAUGUCAGAGGAGAUUGUAGAAGCUCUGAAUAUAAACAAGUUGGUAAUGACUUCCAACUUGUCGAAACAAGUGUGACCGGACUUUCCGCCCAAAUGAAUACGAGUGAUGUGACUAUAACUAAUAAUGGACAAAUAAUAAGGAUUCGCCCGGAUGGUGGUGAAUUUGAUCGUUGGUGGGUACUGGCAACUGAUUACGAUAAUUACGCACUACUUUACUCAUGCGUGAAUGUCAACAGCACUUAUAGGCGAGUAUGGAGUGCAAAAUACAGCAAGUCCCGUUCACUGGACGUCAAUUCCCAAAACGCAAUGGCCGCUGUCAUUCAAAAUACGACAACCUUGGAAACACGGUUUUUCCUUAUUACCAAUCAAUCGGAUAGCGCCUGCUUCUACUACCCAGAACCGACUGGAAAUCCAGUUAUUCUACCUGGAACUUGUGAUGAGAGUAUACCUGUCGUACAAAACUUUAGUACUGCGAGUUACUCUGGCGAUUGGUAUCAAAUCGAGCGGUACCCACAAAUCCAUGAAAAUGGUACAUGCGUGGGAGCGCGUUAUACUCUGAACACCGAAACAAAUGUAGUAGAGGUUCUGAACUGGCAAGUUGUUAAUGGUGUUUUGGACGAAGUACGAGGAAAUGCCACUGUUAAUUCUACUGAUGGCAGUGCCAGGCUUUUGGUAAAUCUACCAGUGAGAUUCACUGAUGAUCCAGAACCAAUGAUGGUUUCUAUGAAUCUGUAUGUGCUAGCUACGGACUACGUGUCGUACUCGCUCGCAUAUAGCUGCGUCGACGUAAACCCUUACAGACGCGCCGUUGGCGUAUGGAAGUUAAGUCGUAACCGCACAAUGCCUGAAAUUGGUCAAAGAGCCAUCAACGCCACCAUUGAAUCGAGGCCAGAACUAAAUCAUGACUACUUCAUAAGUGUAGAACAAAAUGACGACUGCCCUGAACCUGACCCUGAACCAUCCAGCGCCAUUUUGGUUAACAGCAGUAUUAUUAUUAUGCUUAUAUGCACCAUUUUACAUUUAUUUAACUUUAAA